AUGAGUACUAACCCAAGCAGGCAGGGCCAGAAGCAGCAGGAGGCGGUGAUAGUAUGUUCCGACUCGUUAGAUUUUACCGACGAAAACAACGAGGCAAUUCUAAAGGAGGUGAAGCGGCGGCGUGCCAGGAGAGCUGCAAUGGCGUUCUGUCAUUGCAUGAAUACAGACAGUCACGCUAAGAGAGGCUCCUCCGGCAUUCCAUUAUUAAUUGAGCCGUCCGGGAGAACCUUUAAGCGAGGGCAGAUGACCUACACUUCUUCGCAGAAGAGGUAUCUAGAGCAUGGGGACAGACGCUUCGUGAAUAAAGAAGAUGACGUUGGAAGUGACAUAGAAAACGAAAUCCCUCUUGCCUUGACAUCCAUAUCAGAUUUCUCUAAAUCGUCGUGGAUGCUUCCAGAUUAA